GUUAAUCGUAUGAAAGAAAGCUCGCAGGAUUUCGUGAUGCUGUCCUCUCCUUGUUCUAUAGGCGCUGCCAAGACCGAACCCCAUUGGCGUAAUGCUGCAGAGCCCAUGUCGUAAGGCCCAUCUUACGGGACAUUGCACCGGAUAGCUCGGUGGCUAUUGAAAUCUCACCCCCAUUCCACCGACUGAAUAGCAAUAUGAAGUCGUGACGAGCUCACAGUCUGACACUUCCGAGGCGAUGGUUCUUGAUCGGUGCGAGGGUGGGGAAGUUGAAUACUCACUGAAUACCAGACUCCGCGUUUUAUCUAUGAGCCAGAUAAGGUUCUCUCGUGACGUUUUGGGUUUAGCACUAUUUUCCCGGCUGUCCCGCCGAGUGCAAGGCGAUGCUCAGGGGAUACCAUCAGUCCUUGGUUCUAUUGGCAGCGGAAUACUGCGAUCUCACGCGAUCCCACACAUUGGUUCUUUCACACAUUCCUGCGCUGAUGGUACCACUGUAACCGAGAAGUCCCGUUAUCUUCGAGGACUAGGUUUAAUGUCGGAGCUUUGGUCAAGUUCCAGGGAGGAGAAUUUUUUUUGGGGGGGGAACCGGUCUGCUAUUCUAUGGAAGUCUAGGAUUGUCCAAUGCAAUCGACGCAGAGUCUUGGGCCGUGGUAGGGCUUGUUAUUUGUCAAAUUAUUCAACGAGAGAUUUCGAGGUUGAGAUCGUGCAGCUCUAUACCCUCAUGCGGCCAGGUCCAUUGCUCAACUAGACUCUGCUAUCUAGGCAACCAGCAAAACAGAAUGGUGCCUACUGCGCAAAAGCUUCUGAAUAUCCUACAUUCUAAAUCUGGUUACGGAUACUGAUUUGUUUAAUGAUAGCGCGCCCUGUAUCCGACGGCUCGAAAUGUUCUAAUAAGGGAAUGGUCUCCCGAUCCGACGAUUUC